AUGGCUUACACCGGGCCCUGGACUGCCCCCGUCGUUCGGGAGGCUUUCUUCGAAUUCUUCAGAUCCAAGGAUCAUACAUUCGUACCAUCGUCUUCGACGAUACCGUAUGAUGACCCGACAUUGCUGUUUGCCAAUGCAGGCAUGAACCAGUAUAAAUCAAUAUUCUUGGGUACCGUCGACCCGCACUCGGACAUGUCCAAGUUGAAGCGUGCAUUCAACACUCAGAAGUGCAUACGCGCAGGAGGGAAACACAAUGACUUGGACGAUGUCGGAAAGGACUCGUAUCAUCAUACCUUCUUUGAGAUGUUGGGAAACUGGUCAUUCGGCGACUACUUCAAAAAAGAAGCUAUUCAAUACUCAUGGGAGCUACUGACGGACGUGUUCAAGCUUCCGAAGGACCGUCUAUAUGUCACAUAUUUCGAAGGGGACGCGAAGAACGGUCUUGAGCCUGAUCUAGAGGCAAAGCAGUAUUGGCUUGACCAAGGAGUUGCUGAGGACCACAUUCUUCCCGGGAACGCAAAGGACAAUUUCUGGGAAAUGGGUGCUACUGGUCCUUGUGGUCCCUGCAGUGAAAUACACUAUGACCGUAUCGGAGGACGGAAUGCCGCUCACUUAGUCAACAUGGACGACCCAGACGUGCUGGAGAUAUGGAACAACGUUUUCAUACAAUUCAACCGAGAAGAGGACUCGUCACUGAAACCUUUGCCGAGCAAGCAUGUUGAUACCGGGAUGGGCUUCGAGCGACUUGUCUCCGUCGUCCAGGACAAACGCUCCAACUACGAUACUGACGUCUUCACACCGAUAUUUGACAAAGUACAAGAGCUCACUGGCGUCCGACCGUACGAAGGACGGUUUGGUGACGACGAUAAGGACGGAAUCGAUACUGCAUACCGUGUUGUUGCUGAUCAUGUGCGGACGUUGACCUUCGCUCUGAGUGAUGGAGGUGUUCCAAACAACGUUGGUCGUGGAUAUGUCCUAAGAAGAAUCCUUCGUCGUGGUGCCCGCUACGCUAGGAAGAAGCUUGGUGUGAACAUCGGUUCUUUCUUCUCGUCACUAAUGCCCGCCGUUGUUAACGACAUGGGUCACGUAUUCCCCGAAAUCACGAAGAAACUUGACGAACUCAAGGAGAUCCUUGAUGAGGAAGAAGAAUCAUUCUCCCGUACUCUCGAUCGCGGUGAAAAGCUCUUUGAUCAGUAUGCCGCCCGCGUCAAGGAGCAAGGCGGGAAGGAGCUGAACGGGAAAGACGUGUGGCGGUUGUACGACACCUUUGGCUUCCCGGUGGAUCUUACGCGGCUCAUGGCAGAGGAACUCGGGUUGGGAAUCAACGAGAAAGAGUUCGAGGAAGCUCAGGCAUGGUCGAAAGAGGCUAGCAAAGGCGCUGUGAAGAAGGGGAACACAGACCUAGUCAAGCUCGAUGUCCACGACCUCGCCUCCCUCGAGAAGAACAACGAUGUACCGAAGACGGAUGAUUCUGCCAAAUUCAAUCUCGGAAACAUCGAUGCCACGGUCAAGGCCAUCUUCCACAACAAGCAAUUUGUCCCGUCGACGUCUGACAUACCUGAAGACACUUCCUUCGGCAUCUUGCUCGACAAGACAAGCUUCUACGCCGAAUCAGGUGGGCAGGAGUACGACACAGGGAACAUCGUCGUUGAUGGUGUCGCCGACUUCGAGGUGACCAAUGUCCAGGUGUAUAACGGAUACGUCCUGCACACAGGUCACCUCAAGUAUGGCGAACUGAAAGUUGGCGACCAAGUAGUAUCGUCGUAUGAUGAGCUUCGCCGCUGGCCUUUGCGCAACAACCACACCGCUACCCACAUCCUCAAUUACUGUCUCCGUGAAGUAUUGGGCGAUCACAUCGACCAGAAGGGCUCCUUGGUUGCUCCAACGAAACUUCGUUUCGACUUCUCUCACAAAGCCCAAAUCGCCCUGCCUGAACUGCAGAAGAUCGAAACUAUGUCACUCGAUUGGAUUCGAAGAAAUGUACCUGUGUUCAGCAAGGAACUUGACUUAGCCACUGCCCGCGUCAUACCAGGCCUGCGCGCUGUGUUCGGAGAGACGUAUCCCGAUCCGGUACGCGUGGUCACCCUUGAAUUCGACGUCGAGGAGAUCGCGAAGGACAUCCAGAAUCCCAAGUGGAGGCAAACGAGUGUCGAGUUCUGUGGUGGAACGCAUGUCGCAAAGACUGGGGACAUCAAAGGAUUCGUGCUCACCGAAGAGUUUGGUAUUGCCAAGGGUAUUCGUCGGAUAGUCGCGGUUACCGGGCACGAAGCGCACGAAGUCACCCGUGUUGCCGACAACCUCGAAGCUAAGCUCAAGUCCAUUGAUCAGCUCACCGGCAAGGAGAAGGAUACUGCUUUGAAGGCAUUCACUGUGGAACUUAACCAAGCAGACAUCUCGGUUCUCAGAAAGGCAGAUGUCAAGGAGAAACUGAACGCUAUCCGCAAGGCAUUCGACAAGGACAUCAAGGAGAAGGAGACUGCGUUAAACAAACUGGCGAUCGAUAGUAUUCAGCAAUACUUCAAGGAGAACGAGAAGGCUGAUACCUACAUUGCUAUCUUGGACGUGGAAGGCAAUGCUAAACCCCUCUCAAGCGCGGUCCUUCAGGCUAAGAAACUCGGGAAGUCUGUAUAUCUCUUCAGCCCAGAUAAGCAAGGCGGCAAGGUCGCCCACGUCAACUUCGUCUCGCCGGAAUUGAAGCAAAAGGGCGUCGAUGCAAGGACGUGGGCAGGGAAGGUCACGGAUGUCCUCGGUGGAAAGGCGGGUGGCAAGGAGGAUUCUGCUCAAGGUGUCGGUGCUAACGUCGACAAGGUGGAGGGCGCCGUGGAGGCUGCCAAACAGUAUCUAUCAUCUCUUUGA